AUGACAUUCACAGGUAGCAGCAGGGUUCGACAGCAGCAGAGCGGUAUCAGUGGGUUAGACAUCGACCACGUAAUUGGUGACGGCUGUACUGUCUCGACAGUAGACCACGCCAUAGCACUAAUUAAAUUGGCCGGUACUGGCGCGUGGCUGGCCAAAGCUGACAUCACCGACGCUUUCAAAGUCAUGCCUGUGCAUCCUUCUCAGUGGCAUCUUCUGGACGCAAAAUGGGACGCUAACUUCUAUUUCUUUGUGCGUCUGACCUUCGGGUGUAGGAGUAGCCCCAGCAUCUUCAAUGCGUUAUCUGAAGCGCUCUGCUGGAUUCUGUUGAACGUCAUCAAACUUCCCUCCGUGCUUCAUCUUCUCGACGAUUUUUUGCUCGUUGAUCCACCCUCUUCCUCUUCUCACUCUCUAUCUAAUCUGAAGAAUCUUUUUAGCCGCAUCGGCGUCCCUCUCUCCGAGGAAAAGACCGUUGGUCCGUCUACUGAGCUGCAAUUUCUCGGCAUCACCUUAGACUCCGUCAAAAUGGUAGCUUCGUUGCCAGCUGACAAACUGGAUCGCAUCCGCGACAUCUCCCAAAGUCACCUUUCCUCCUUGGCGGUUUCCAAGCGUGAGCUUCUCUCUCUUCUCGGGCAUCUUAACUUUGCCAUGCGCAUAAUCCCCCAAGGGCGCUCCUUCAUUUCUAGGCUGCUCGACCUAGCUAAUUCAGUUCCCGGUUUACAGGAUCAGGUCGUUUUAGAUGACGGCUGCCGCUCCGAUCUUGCGUUCUGGUCCUCUUUGCUCAACUCGUGGAAUGGCAUCUCUUUUUUCUACGACGACGUUAUUCACACAUCAGACUCCAUUCAGUUUUUUACCGAUGCUACCCCGUCCGCGGGUUUCGUGGGUUUUUUCCAGGGCAGCUGGUUUGCUGAAAACUGGCCCUCUUCGUUUCCUCAGUCCGAGUCUUCCGCGUUCUAUGAAAUCAUCCCCGUUGCCGUAGCUUGCUGCCUUUGGGGGAAGCGCUGGAAACGCAGGCACAUCGUAGCCCUCUGUGAUAAUGCCGCAGUCGUCUAA